AUGAGGGCCGCUCAUGCCUUGGUUGAAGAGGCAUUUCAGAACCAAGGACCCUUCGAUGGAGUCUUUGGCUUUAGCCAGGGGGCUUCGGUUUUACUCGCUUAUCUGCUCGACCAGAUGGUCACAUAUCCAGAAAGGCCUCUUCCCGUCCGAUUCGGGAUUUUCUGCUCGGCGGUACCAAUACUUGCAACAGACCCAGUCUACUACCGAUCCGUGUUCGGUUCCCUCUCUCCAGAGGACGAACAGCGUCUUCGCUCUGGUCAAUAUGACCAGCUAUCCCAGCUCCCAGAACCAGCUCAAACUUCUGCCAAGGCAGUGGCUGAGGUCAUCGACGUACUGGAGCCAGUUCUCCGUAAGUCCCGAAUGAGUUUUCUGGAUCGCCAGCCGUUAGAGGUCCCAUGCGCGUUGCAUCCAGAUCUAUACAAGCCGCGUUUACCGUUCCCAACCCUUCACGUUCGUGCGAAGAAUGAUCUACCGGCGUUGAGACGGUCCUCAUUGGUGACUGAGAGCUUUUGCCUCCCUAAGUGGCGACGAUCCUUCGAGCACAGCGCUGUGCAUGGCCUUCCGCGGUCUGUGGUCGAUGUGCAGGAUAUGGCGGCUGCUAUGAGGUGGGUGAUUGAACAGAGUGAACGGAGUGAACGAGCGAACUUAUGA